CAUGUCCCACUCGCAUACACACGCACCCGGCGAAGAGCACUCCCACUCCCACUCACAUGGGCCACAGUCGCCCCAGUCCCCGCAGAGUCCAGGGAUGCCUCCCAUCGACCCCGCACUACAGGCUCUCAUCGACCAGGACUUUGUUCCCAGCCCACUGACACUGUCCCAAGAAGGGAGCAUCGCCCUCUGCUCGGUACACAGGCUCGAGAAAUGCGAUGAAUGUGGCGUCGACUUCAUCAACACGAACCGUCUCUCACGGAUCCUCGUUUCCAACCCCACCCUCCUCUGCCCUCCGCCCGCAAACGUCAUUUCACAAAAGCUCACGCAAGUCGUGACUACCACAAAGGAGGAGGGAAAGCAACUGUUUAAAACAGGCCAACAAGCACAGGCCAUCGCCCGGUACACCGCGGCAGCAAACAUGGCCGUUCAGCGUCCACCAUGGGAGGCCAACCAGUUCAUGCGCGAGGAACUCUCAACCGUAAUCUCCAACCGCUCAGCAGCCUACUUCGAUAGGAGGGACUACGUUUCUGCCCUCGCCGACGCAGAGACUGUCAUCGCGAUCCGCCGAAACUGGAGCAAGGGGCACUUCCGCAAGGCCAAAGCUCUCGUCGGUCUCGAACGCCUACGGGAUGCCGCCGACGCUGUUCGAUUGGGGCUGGACUUUGAGCCAACGAGUAGGGAGCUACUGAAUUUCCUCAACGACAUUGAGAGCGUGGAGAGGAAGUUGGAAGACAAGAAGAUCGCGGCAAGACAAAAGAAAGAAUCUACACCGGUACCCGUAGCAGCAGCUGUUACAACAGCGUG